UUGACACGGACAAUAACAAAUACAAAAGGAGUGAUUCACCAAAGGCUGUGGCAGCACAUGAGUGGUUUUGACUGUCUUGUCUACUAAAGCAAGAGUUAGCGAGCAACUGCUGUCUUUAGUCUGAAAAUGCUCGACUUCUAUGACAUCUAUAAGCCAAGCUAAUUUAACUAGCCUUUAGCAGAGAAUGUUGAUAUUCACGGGCUCACAGCAAUGUAGAGCAUAUUCAACAAUCGACCAUCAACCCUGUUAACCGAUUGUAAAUUGUGUAAAAAAGAUCGGCAAUGCGACUAAAUAAACGCGCUGUCCCAGAGACUCCACAUGCGGCAGGUGGCUCAGCUCGUGUGUCAAUACUGAUACUGCUGGCCAUCUUUACCUGCUCUGCCUCUUUCAUGUAUCUUGUCUACAGGAAUUUCCCAGAGCUUUCUGAAGAUGAAAUGGAGAAAAUCAAGAUUCCCAGGGACAUGGAAGAUGCCAAAGCUUUGGGAACUGUGUUGUCAAAAUACAAAGACACAUACUACGCCCAAGUGUUAGUGGCAUACUUUGCCACAUACAUCUUUCUACAAACAUUUGCAAUCCCCGGCUCCAUCUUCCUCAGCAUCCUCUCUGGCUAUCUCUACCCUUUCCCCUUGGCCUUGUUCUUGGUCUGCUUGUGCUCCGGUCUGGGUGCUUCAUUUUGCUACCUGCUGUCAUACCUGGUGGGCCGGCCCAUGGUCUACAAAUAUCUCUCGGAGAAAGCACAGAAGUGGUCGCAGCAGGUUGAAAAUAACAGAGACCAUUUGAUCAACUACAUCAUCUUUCUGAGGAUAACACCCUUUCUUCCUAACUGGUUUAUCAACAUCACCUCGCCUGUAAUAAACGUGCCUCUGGGAGUCUUCUUCAUCGGGACCUUCCUUGGAGUGGCGCCCCCAUCUUUUGUGGCGAUCAAGGCUGGAACCACACUGUAUCAGCUCACAACAGCCGGCGAGGCCGUGUCCUGGUUCUCCCUGGCUAUUCUCGGCGUCUUCGCUGUUAUCGCCAUCUUGCCGGUCUGCUAUCAAAAAAAGCUGAAACACAAACUGGAAUAAAGUCACUGGACCUCCUUCCCUCACCUUCCACCCUCACCUGGGGACAGAUCCUACACUUUCAUCAUCUCAGGAACGGGUAUCUUCAGUCACGCUGCUCUGCGUCAGACUGCUGUGUUGUCGAAAUAUUGUCCUUGCGGAGUCGCAGUGAGCGGUGACCUUAAGAGCGUGCAGCAGUGGGUUGUAACUGAACUGAGGUGUUGACUGGCUGCAGCCUCCAACUGUUUUUUUUUGCCUAUUUAUGUCUGUCAAAAAUGUUGUUUUGGCACAUACUGUGAAGGAAAUAUUCAUAUGAUCUUAUUUAAAAUAAAACAAUGCUAUUAUAUUUAGGGACUGAAGAGGUGCUACCAUUAGCUUGCAUGAAUGGAUUGGGUUCAGCUUUUAUAUGGGUUUUAAAUGAUGUCCUAACAAAAGUUGCAAUUUAGUUUUCUUAUUUCAUUUGGUGUAAUCAAUCGAAGGGUCUAGCUGUGGUUAGAGUUUCUGAUUGUCAAAACGCAUUUUCUGCUAGUGAGUAGGAUUAUUUUAGAAAACACGAUGUAUAAACGCAAGUGUUUGCAUCUCUGGUACAGUUACGUAAAGAAGGUAACCACUUAGAUGCGCCUUCUUUCCACAUUUUUAUUUUUUGAUCACGUUUCUUACAAGCAAAUGUAUUCAUUUUAUUUUGCGGGUUAUAAUUGUUGAAAAAGGAGCCGCUGCUUGCCUCAGACUGAAUUCACUGCCGACCAUCUCAUAGCCAUUUUAAAUAACUUUCACAUCGUCUUAGUACUUCAGAUUGUUUAUGGGCCAAAUCACAAUGAGGGCUGAGCUAUUUUUAGAAAAGUUGAAUAUAUCACAGUUUAUUGAUUUUAAAUAAAUCUGCCUAAUUUAUUAACUGUUUAAGAUAACUAAAUCCUCUUAGCUCAUCAACAGUAAUUUGAAGUGUUGUUGGUCUUAACAUUCACUCCCUGAACCUUUUCUGUUUAACAUUCACGAAGGAGUUUUGCCAAAUCUUUUUAUUUUUUCUGAUGUCUUAAUGUAAGGAUAAAAGUCCUGACUGUUAACCAGCUACCUUCAUGUAUACCUUUUAAGUUCUAUAUGAAAUACAUUUUAAAAAGCUA